UUAAUUUUGAUUCUCAAGCCUCCUCCUCCUCCUCCUCCAUAGUAGUUUCUCUGAUACGCUCAUCUUUCCUGGUCUGCAAGCAUGUUCUUCCUCUAGUUUCGGGAGUCGCUUCACCUCUCUGCUAUAUACCAGUAGAUCUCAUGGUUUCUUUUGUAAAUCUAAUUAUGGCACUGCAAUGGAUAUGUUCCCAUUUGGAGACACAAGUAAUUAAUGAGGUAGUGGUGCGGUCCGCUGCCUCGAGCAUGGAGGAAAUUUAUUGAAUGGGGACGCUCCAUGUUCGCAUUCUUCCCAUGGUUUGGCCUCACAACGCUGGGGUUGAAAACCUUCGAAUCACGUAGAGAUUUGCUGUAAAAAUGAUCAGAUCGACCGGUGCCGGUGUUGGAUUGCCAGGAUCUAAAUGUGGCGUGUGGGGUGCAGAUUUCUGCUUCUUGUCGAGUGGUUGGUGAUCUCUCGUGACGAGACUUUCCUGCUUUGAGCUUCAAUCCAAUGUCGAAAUCCAGAGGAACGGAGUUGCCGCAGAGGCGGCCGCAGCGUGUGCCGCUCCACCAGAAGACCAACUCUGAGGUCAACAGCCUCCACCGCACAGCGGUGCCCGCAGUCGAUCGCCGUGUGAAACCGGAGAAACGGCAGUCCCCUCGUUCUACCUUGCACGAGAUCCAGAGGAAGAGCGGCCCCAGGGUCGCCGAUCUGGAGACCAAGCUCGGCAGAGCGCUGGUGGAGCUCGAUAGGCUAAGGGACCGACUGGCCUUCGCGGAAGCCGCGAAGCUCGACGCGGAACGAGCUCUCGAGAUGUCCAAGGAGCAAGUGCCCGCCGCCAGCGCAGUAGUGAAAGCAGUUGAAGAAGAGAAGCUUCUGCUUUCUCAGGACUCCGAUGAGAUAUCCGAAGUCACUCAGGAGGCGAAGACCGAAGAGGAGAGCAUCAAUUCACCGAACACCAACGACGUCUUCCAAGUAGUAGCACCGACCGAGCCCAUUAACCAAGAGAAAGACGAUGUCAGCAAGCCUGAAGAAGACGAGACAGAAACGGCGAAAGAAGAGGAGAAGACAGAGGAAGAACAGUGUAAGAGGGUGGAAAUUCCGGACUCGACUGAGAUGGUCGAACUCAAGACCAAGCUACUGGAGAAAACGACAGAGGUGGGGAUUCUGCUAGAAGAGAACGUGCUCUUCAAGAGGAGAGCAGCGGAGGAGACCGCGAAAGCGACCGCCGCAGCACGUGCCAAGGAAGACGAGCUCAUGACGAAGCUGCGAUCAGCGGAAGAGGAGCUGAAACAGAGCAAGGCGAAGGAGAAGCUGCUAACUGAGCAGCUGCAGGCGGCAGAAGGGGCGAAGUCGGUGCUAGAGGCGGAAAUGAAUCUGCUGAGGGUGCAGACGGAACAGUGGCGGAAGGCCGCCGAGGCGGCCGCCGCGGCACUGGUCCCCGGCGACGUCGGGGACGAAGAAUGGGGUCCAGCGCUGAUGGCCGGGGAUGGCAUGGGGGAGGAGGGGGUGGUGGCCGGAAGGAGGAGGAAGAAGGGGGCGGCCGGAGUUCGCAUGUUCGGUGAGCUUUGGAAGAAGAAAAGCCUGCAUAAGUAGAGAUCGUGCGCUCUUUGUAUCCGUAUCUCCUUGUUUCGAUGUAUCGAACAUGAAGCCGUAGGGAAGACGUAAUUGGUUUGGACUAAGCUUUUGAACCUGAUGUCGGAUCAUAUUCGAAUCCGGAUUCAUAUUUUCGGAUCUUUCCAAAUCCGAUAAGAAUCCAAAAACUUGCAAGUCAAACCUUGUUUAAGUAAAUGCUACUCAUACAUCGGUAUCUUAAAAGUAUGCAGAUCAUGCAAACACUUGAAAGAAUCUUGCAAGAUCAACAAGGUGAUAUGAAAAACACGUAGCUUCCAUA